AUGUCUUGGGGAAUGAUGGCAGGGCACUUGGGUUGGGGGAUCAUAGAAGAAGGGUGGAGGAAGGGCCCUUGGACUGCUGAAGAGGACAGAUUGCUCACUGAGUAUGUUAAAUUGCAUGGUGAAGGAAGAUGGAAUUCUGUGGCUAGACUUGCAGGACUGAGAAGGAAUGGGAAGAGCUGCAGACUGAGGUGGGUGAAUUACUUGAGGCCAGACCUCAAGCGGGGGCAGAUAACCCCACAUGAAGAGAACAUAAUUCUAGAGCUGCAUGCUAGGUGGGGGAACAGAUGGUCGACCAUUGCUAGAAGCUUGCCCGGAAGAACAGACAAUGAAAUCAAGAACUACUGGAGGACCCAUUUCAAGAAGAAGGGAAAACUCCCUUCCGACAAGUCUGAGAAGGCGAAAACCCGCCUCCUAAGAAAGCAACAAUUUUAUCAGCAGCAGCAGCAACAGCAACAGCAACAGCAGCAGCAGCAACAACAACAACUGAAUCAACUGGACCUGAAAAGGAUCAUGGCUUUACUCGACCAACCCGACAUUGGAGACACACCAAUGGCCCAAGCGAGGCAAGACUUGGGCAGUUGUAUUUACAGUACACAUCAUGCAGCUGAAGAGCAUGGCUAUGUGCAUCUUCCCAUCCCCAACGCAGAUGUGUCUACCCAAGAAUCCUCAAGUGAGGACAUGCUGUGGGAUGGUCUGUGGAACUUGGAUGAUUUCCAUGGCAAUCUGAGUGCAGCCUGUGCAGCAAGCAAAGCUAGUUUGCACCAUCUGGUUGCUCCCUUUUACUGAAUUUGCAGGACUACUUGUUUUAGUUUUCCUAGUCUGCUACAACUACC